AUGGCCUGGCUGACCCUGUUGAAAUGUGGCUCACCAACAAGCAUUUGUCGAUAUUUCAACGACGCACUCAAUGGGUUCGAUCUUACACUGGAUGUACAAAACAAACUAUUUCCGAAAUUGGAGUCUAAUUAUCCAAACAUUAUUUUGAAAUUAUUCCUACAUACAUUUCAAAAUGGACAGGGAGUGCCGAUGAUAGCAGCGAGUCCGGUCUGCCAGAGCUCCUCCCCACUGAGCAACAGCAACCUCAUGUCCAACAUUGAAAUACAACCUCACCCUGUUACUAGCUGGAAGAUGGAUUUCAUGAGUGGCAACAUUACCAGCAACAACAACAACAAUAGCAACAUUGUUGGAAAUAAUUGCAACAACAACAACAACAACACAAUUGUCAACAAUGCAAGCAGCAGCAACAACAUGUUUUUCAAUAACAGCGGGAAAGAUGAUGACAAUCUUGCAGAGUCGGCUGCCAAAAAUUCAAACGAAAUGACUGGCAACAAUGUUGUGAGAAACGAUGAUGGUGGUGGCCACAGUUACGACAACAACAACAACAACAUCAGCAUUCCCUUGCAUUGCCUGGCAUCUCCGCUCUAUGGCAAAUUUAACAACAAAAAUAUAAACAACAACAACAACAACAAACAAAUGUUUACCGAUCCGAAAGAAACACACUAUCGCUAUCAUAACCAACAACAUCAACAACAAAAUUAUGCUGACGAUGAGGAUGACGACACCGUCGUUACCUUAGACGAUGCAGUAUCUUUUGAUGCCCCACUGGAAAAUAAAAAAAUAAACCGGAAACAGUCUAAACUUGGCGAUAGAAAGUUUUCAAACGUUUCAAAAUACAACAACAACAAUAACGACAACAACAACUCAAACAACAAUCUCUGCAACUUUUAUAGUUCAUCAUUUUAAUGUAAAUUUGCCUCCCCAGGCAACUUUUAUAUGUUUUGAAAUCCAAUUCUCCUCCAAUUUAGAGUUGUUUGCAAGUACUACAUUAUAUUUAAAUUAAUUCAUUUAAUUUUUAUUAUUUCUAUUUACUGUUCAGCAUCGAACCACGUAAAUAAUCGACAUGAUUAUGCACGCAUAUUUAAAAAACCCGUGAUGACAACCAGUAAAUGAAAUCAAAAGAUGUUACAUACCCCAUCAUCUAUAUACACAUUUAUAAACUUUUGAAUACACGUUAAGAAAACUUGUGUGUGUGUGUGUGUGUGCGUGUGUACGCGCGUGUGUGUUUGCGUGCGUGUGUGUUUGCGCGCGCGUGUGUGUGUGUGUGCGUGCGUCUUAACUUCAUUAUUGGCAUUUUUAUCGGAUUAAAUAUAUCCCGUGUUGCCGUCGAGUGUUCCCUAACAAGAUUACAACCUAUAAAUACGUACAUAAAUGCAUACAAACAAAUAC